AUAUUUUAAUGCUUAAAGCGCUGAGUCAAUUAACAAUUUCAAUCUUCCUGAUUGACAAAAAUAGCUGGAUCAGAUUUACGUGCAUAUAUACAUGUGUGUGUGGGUGUCCGCGUCUGUGUGUUUGUGUGUGUGUGUGCGUGUAUGUCUGUGUGUUUGUGUGUGCGUGUGUGUGUGUACGUUUUAGAUAUGUGUGGUUAUCGAUGUACAUAAAAGAAAAACUUGUCAUAUUGAUGGUCGCUCACCGACCCAGAUCUCCCUAAAGGUGUAAUGCAUUCUUCAUCGCAUUCACAUACACAUACAUACAUGAACACACAUUAUCGAAACGAAUGAAUCCAUUGAAUCUAAAUGGCGACGUACUAUUUGAGUGUCAUCACAACAGCCUUACUUCAUUUCAUCAAACUUUUUCAUGGUUUUGAUGUACCUUGCACACAGAAACUGAUUGGCAGUAAGUGUUUGUUUGAUGAAGAUUGUUAUGGUAUGAACAGUGUUUGCCGAGAACAACGAUGUACUUGUCCAACAAAUUUCGAAGAGUUUGAUAUUGAUGGACAGACAACUAUAUGCAGAUCAGCUCCGAACAAAAUUGGUGACAGUUGUCAAAGGGACUGCAAACCGCCGCUUCUUUGUCGAGAUGGGAAAUGUGAAUGUUGGGGCGGAAGUAUUAUCAACGGAGAGUGUGUCGUGUCUUGCCCAUCAGGACAACAAUUAUAUGGAGUAGAAUGUCAGAGAGUAGCACAUUGGGGACAAAACUGCGAAAAGGACAACCAAUGUGUUGAUGUUUUCAAUGCAUGCAUCGCUGGAGUAUGUCAAUGUGCGCCCGGUACUACACGUGAUGUGACCGGACAGCGAUGUUUUGCAUUAUGUCCGGAUGGAACACAACCUCAACAAGCUUGUCGGCGUCUUUUUAUUAAUGAUAUUGAUAUGCUUGAAAAUGCUGCAUCAACAGAUAGCUGUCCUUUGGGUUAUCGAUGUGUCGCGUACGGCAGUCCAUACGUGGGACAUUGCUGUAAAUUGAAAUGUCCCUAUGGAGAACCUGAUUUAACGCAGUCGUGCGAUAUGGGUGUCUCCGAGAAACAUCGAUGUCGACCCCUUACUCAUCACUGUUACACAAUCUCGGAACCUGGCUGGAAAACGAGUUUAUGUUGUCCAAAACCAUGUCGCGAUCCAACUCCGCUUUAUAUUAAUAAUCAGUGUUUAAGUAUAGCACAUAGAGAGGACCCUUGUCAACUUCAUCAACAGUGCGAAGGCGGCGUAACAAUGCAUUGUAUCUUGGGACUUUGUCAAUGCAAAGAUGGCUUUCAUCCUAGUAAUGAUGGUCGAUUUGCAACAUGCGAGAAAAGUUGUGGAAUUGAUGAAAUCUCUGUUAUGGAUAAAUGUGUACGACGAGUACAUCUAGCUGAGAGAUGCGUGACCAGCAAGCAAUGUCCAAAUUUUUCAGAAUGUCGCUUUGGUACUUGUCAAUGUUUGUGCGGCUAUAAACAGGAUUCCUUGAUCGGAUCACGCUGCACUAAUCCAGAUGAUCCAUUCAGUUUAAAUGCAAUUUUGACGGGUGUUGAACAAGUAUUCGGCGGAAAUGCGCGAAAUCCAUAA